AUUGAAAGUCCUUCGUAAGCUGACAGUCCAUGGGUUUGUAGAACCUCAUCGGAGUGUAGAGGUGAUGGGUUUUCUACAUGCAGUGUUUGAACGGCUAAAACAGUUUUUGGAGUGUAGUAGAAAUGUAGGAGGAGAAAAUAUAUGCAGAGAUCGUCUAGAAAAGACUAUCAUUCUAUUCACUAAAGUGCUUUUGGACUUCCUGGAUCAACACCCCUUUUCAUUCACCCCUUUGAUUCAGAGGUCCUUGGAGUUUGCUGUGAGCUAUGUUUUUACAGAGGCUGGUGAAGGAGUUGUAUUUGAGCGUUUCAUUGUGCAGUGCAUGAACCUCAUUAAGAUGAUUGUAAAAAAUUAUGCUUACAAGCCAUCCAAAAAUAUCGAAGAUAGUAGUCCUGAAACUCUUGAAGCACAUAAGAUAAAGACAGCAUUCUUUACAUAUCCAACAUUAAUGGAAAUAUGCAGAAGAUUAGUCACUCAUUAUUUCCUGCUGCCAGAGGAAGAAUUGACUAUGUGGGAAGAGGACCCAGAAGGCUUCACUGUGGAAGAGACAGGAGGAGAUUCUUGGAAGUACAGUCUCCGGCCAUGCACAGAAGUUCUUUUUAUUGACAUCUUCCAUGAAUAUAACCAGACUCUUACUCCUGUGCUUUUAGAAAUGGUUCACAGUCUACAAGGAACAACCAACAUGGAAGAUACCAGUGCUAUACUGAUUAAAGAUGCUGUGUAUAAUGCUAUUGGACUUGCAGCUUAUGAAUUGUUUGAUAGUGUGGAUUUUGAUCAGUGGUUUAAAAAUCAGCUACUAGCAGAACUACAAGUUUUUCAUAGCAGGUAUAAGCCAAUACGCCGACGAGUAAUUUGGCUGAUUGGACAAUGGAUUUCUGUAAAAUUUAAAUCAGAUUUGAGGCCUAUGUUAUAUGAGGCGAUUCGUAACUUGCUUCACGACCAAGACUUAGUGGUCCGUAUAGAGGCAGCUACAACACUGAAGUUAACUGUAGAUGACUUCAAAUUCAGAACUGACCAGUUCUUACCAUAUCUGGAAUCCAUGUUUACACUGCUCUUUCAGCUGCUUCAGGAAGUUACAGAAUGUGACACCAAAAUGCAUGUUCUUCAUGUUCUGUCUUGUGUGAUUGAAAGAGUCAAUAUGCAGAUACGACCAUAUGUAGGAUGUUUGGUUCAAUAUUUACCCCUGCUUUGGAAACAGAGUGAGGAGCACAAUAUGCUACGAUGUGCCAUUCUAACCAGCCUAAUCCACCUUGUUCAGGGACUGGGAGCGGACAGCAAAAAUCUCUAUCCUUUUCUACUUCCCGUGAUUCAGCUAAGUACAGAUGUUUCCCAGCCUCCACAUGUCUAUCUUCUGGAAGAUGGUUUAGAAUUGUGGUUAGUAACAUUGGAGAAUAGUCCCUGUCUUACACCGGAGCUCCUGAGAAUAUUUCAGAACAUGUCUGCCCUUCUUGAGCUGAGUUCGGAAAACCUCAAAAAUUGCUUUAAGAUCAUCAAUGGUUAUAUUUUCUUAUCUUCAUCUGAAUUUUUACAGAUGUAUGCUACCGACUUGUGCCGGUCAUUUUGUGAACUCUUAAAGGAUAUAACUAUCGAAGGUCAAGUUCAAGUUUUAAAGGUUGUGGAAAAUGUCCUAAAAGUAAACCCUGUUUUGGGGCCUCAAAUGUUUCAACCUCUUCUUCCAUCAGUAUUUAGGGGAAUUAUAGAUGGGGAGAGAUAUCCAAUGGUGAUGUCUACUUAUCUGGGCGUCAUGGGGAGAGUUCUUCUACAAAAUACAAGUGUUUUUUCAUUACUUUUGAGCCAGAUGGCUUGUGAAUUGGGUCAGGAGUUGGACCAACUUCUCGGUAACAUGAUUGAGAUGUGGGUUGACCGGAUGGAUAACAUCACUCAGCCAGAAAGACGAAAACUUUCAGCUUUGGCGUUGCUUUCACUCCUACCAUCGGUGAAUAGUGUUAUUCAAGAUAAAUUUUGUGGUAUCAUCAAUAUUUCGGUGGAAGGGCUGCAUGAUGUUAUGACUGAAGAUCCUGAAACGGGGACAUACAAAGACUGCAUGUUGAUGUCUCAUUUUGAAGAGCCCAAAGUUACUGAAGAUGAGGAACCUCCCACAGAGCAAGAUAAAAGGAAGAAGAUGCUUGCAUUGAAGGACCCUGUGCACACUGUGUCAUUGCACAAAGUCAAUGCUCACAAUUCACAGUUCCAGUUGAGACUCCGCUUGGCUCAGCGUGACACUCGAAUCGCUGGUGUUGGCACUGCAGGACGAGCUGGGAAGCGUGUUCAGCCUGGAUACAUGAAGGGCGCUGCGUGUGAGCAGGGCUGGGUGAGCUCCAGCUUGCAGAGCAGCGUGUCGGGCACGGCGGUGCAGGGAUAA